AUGUUUCAGCAAAUGAGUAGCAGAACUGAAUUAAAAAACAGCCAAGUGUGAUGCAAUGCACAGUUGACGCUUACAAACCUAAAGGCAGAUUUCUGCAAAAGCUUGUCAGCAAUUUACUGUUUAAUCCAUUCCUGUUUCACAUGAUUAUAUUAGGUGUUUGCUAAAAAAAAAAAAAGUAAAAUAUUGUUCUUCAGUACAUUACUACUCAGUGAUUCACAGUAGUAGCUGUCCUGUUCAGAUGUAUGCACUUUAUUAAAAUCAUUGUUGAGGAGCUCUUUUAAAUCAGGCCUAAAUGCUGGGACUGACUAUGCGAAUGAGAGGAUUAAAAUACGCAUGACUGGCAGGUGGAGAAUAUCUGUCGUUUCCUCCCAGCCUUGAAAGGAGUCAUGAGCAGAUUCAGCUUCAUGGUCUCAGGACACACGGGCGGCAUUUGUGUGUUUGUGUGUACGCAUGUGUGUGAAUACGAGAUGAUGGCAGUACCCAUGGGCAUCUGCAACAUAGUCAUGUGUAGUUCAAACUGCUGUCUGUCUGUCUGCCUGUCUGUCUGUCUGUCUGUCUGCCUGUCUGUACCUGACCUCGGUUACUUUCGGAAUUCUUUUAUCAAGCCUGUAUGGUGCUUUUCCUGGACUGUGAGUUACAAACGUAAGAGAGCGAAAGCAAAUCCAUACACAUUAUUGUACAAUGAUGAGAAUGCAACAAAGCUGAAGUGACAAUUAAUCAGUCUCUUACUGUUAUGUGCCACUGAGGUUAGAUGGAUCUGGGCCUGCAACCCCCGACCCGAGUCUGCGUGCUCAGGACUGCUUUUUAGCAGGUCAGUUUCGGGGUCCCACCGCUGCCCACUCCCUUCCACAGAGCUGUUUUCUCACAGUGCAGUCAACUGCUUUCUCAUGUGAGCGAGUGUGUGAGAGAGCUGUAAGAGGGGUUUACUUUGCUGGAUGACUGGACGUCUUUGUGUGGAGGGGAUUAGCUUUAAUUUGAUCCUCUUAUUUCUAGGUCAAGAGGGACUGUGCUUGCCUUUGUUAAAGCGAUUGCCUCGAUCCAUGCGUUAGCAGGAUCCAUAUUUAAUUCUGCAUUCCUGGUGUUGUUCGAAACAUUUAAGAUGUAAGCUUGGUAAAACUCAAGGAUAGCCAUAUACGUUAGAGGCAUAGAACCAUUUACCAUGUUUGUGUAACCAGGUUUAACACAACCAGGCUUGUAAUUAUAAUUAAGACCCAAAAUAUAAUGUAAUAUGUGAUGUAAUAACAAAUAAUAAUUAAAUAAUAUAACCUAAUGAAGGGACACAAAAUGAAUUGCAGCAUGAUUACUGACAAUACUAAAUAGGGACCAAUAUUUCAGGAGCCUGUUCCCCUGUGAAACAUUUUACACAUAUGCCACAUUCACUAAAGCAUUAUAAAUUCCAGUCGCAGAAAUUAACACAUUGUAGCCCCUUUCUCCUAUUCUAAUAAGAACACAUUCUGUGUUGGCCUAAAAGUCAUUUUAAUUUUCAUAACUAUGAGACAUAGUAUUUAAAAAAAUAUUUUCAAAUUUAUUAGUGAGCAAUAUAUUCUGAAAAAUACAGCCUCACUCCCAGCAGCAUAUUCAGUUUUAAACAUAAUUAUAUCACAUAACAACCACCAGAGGGGGCAGCUAGAGUUUCAGUUAUACCUCAUUCAUGAGAUUAUACUGUUACACGUGCAAAGCGUUUAAAACAGAGAAAAAUGUAUUUAGCAAAUUAUACUUCUGGGGGGGUCCGAUUACAUUUGGUGCAGAAAAGACAAUACAUAUUUCAGCUGCGUCUGUACUACAAAAAAGCAUAUCAUUUCUUAUUUUAACCUAGAAAGAAAUAAGUUAAUAGUAUGCCUUUUUAUUUGCUUCCCUCAUAGUGCAAUAUAAACUUAAUAAUAGACUGUUCUGUUUGGGUUUAAGUACACUUUAAGGAAUUCCUUCAAAACAGACGUUGCCUAUGUACUGAUGACUUUCUAUGCAACUAAUCAGUUAUAAAACAGAAAUUAUAUAAUUUAAACCUGUACAUCCCCUUCCUUUUAGCCAUUCCCUUCAACAAGCCUUUAGUCUGACUGCACUUGUGUUACGGGGGAAAAGGUGAAAAACAUGUGGACAGUGGUGAUAAGUCCUUGUCUUGUGUUAUGUUGUGUUGUGACCUUUACACUCAGCUGCAGCAGACACACAGCAGAUGCCUGAUGGUGACAGAAGUCAUCGUUACAUGAUAAGGCCCUGACCAAAACCCUCCCUCUGUGGGUGAAUCGAAGGCCGGUUAUGUGCUCUCCCGAGUGCUGCUGGUUCUAGCCAGCUCUGCCGAGGUCAGGAUGCACGGCCAACGUAUGCAACUUUAACACAAACUUAUCUUUGGCGAGAACAGAAUGUCUUCUAGGAGUUCCGUGGGAGAAACCCACUUCACAGCCCUUUCGGGCGCUGGUGGGUGGUCGGCCUGUUGAAGUCAGUCCAAGAAGGACAAAUAUAGCACUCUUUCAUUUACCCGACGCCCCACAGCCAGAUGCAUUCCAGCCACAUUCUCUGAAGUCGUAAGGGGAAUCAGACAGUGCGCUGUUUCAGAGAAAUUAGAGGGGUGUGAACUUGGCGAACCUCACACCACCGCGGCUAGCCAUCGCCGCGGCAGUUCAGCACCGGGCCACGCUCUCCCCUCAGAUCAGGUACCCUGCUAACGGCACGGACCCUGGGAUCCAGGUGUGCCCACCUGGGAGCUAGCAGUGUUAGUCUGUAGUCACACCUCAGCAAUGGGACUCAGCUACGAUCACUUUAUCCGCCUCAUCCGAAACAUCUCCAUUCUCAGCCUCCCUGCCCUGGCCCAUAAUGCCUUCAAGAACCUUUCACACUCAACUUGCCUGUCCCCAUUCGCUCCGCUUGCUUUAAAACCUUUUUUUAAAUUUAUAUAUAUAUUUCGGGCCAUGGUGUUCUGCACCACAGUGGAUUUACCUUCAAUCACCAUUUAUCAAAUCUCCAUCCAUUAAAAAGCAGAGCUGUCAGGAGCCGUGCGCAUUAAUCCUGAUUAUAGCAGGCGAGAGAGAGCAAAGGGGGUCUAUGUGUCAAGCGAGAAGUCGAGUGAUUUUCAUCCCAGCCGAGCAUCUCUCCGUCUCUCGCUCGCUCUGUCUCUUCAGCAGACAGCACCAGCAGCAGAGGAGGAGAGGAAAGAGGGAUAUGACCUCACUUUCUUCGCAACUUCUCCUCGCUUUUUUGGAAGGCUUGCUCUCGCUCCCGUGACCUUUCUGUCUUUCUUUUGCGUUAUUUCUGAAUUUUUUAAUUUUUUUAAUUUUGGGGAGGGAGCGUGUGUCCCCACCCGACCCCCCACCCAGGGGAACCCUGCCGGUUCUGCAGAUGCGGCGUGCUUCUCCGUGACGCUUCACCAGGGGGUCAUACAUGGAGGGCAGGGGCUUCGGGACCAGGAAAGGGACAGGCUCCUUCAAACGCGCCUCCAUCAAGAGAACCGUUUCCGGGUCGCAGAAGGCCCAGAAAGCCUGGAUAGAGAAAACCUUUCAGAAAAGAGAAUGUAUUCAGAUAAUACCCAGCAAAGAACCAAACAAGUGCAGCUGUGGGCAGAUAGUGACCCAGCACCCUGCCAUACCCUCCGCUGCCACCAUAAACAAGGGAGCGGAGGAAAACGCCCAGAUUGUGCCGCUGGACGUCCCACAGGAGAGAUGGUCAGUUCUCAAGCACACGAGGGCCUCUCCGACCGACGCCUACGGUAUCAUCGAGUUUGGGGGCGGAGGCCACGUCAACAAAGCCAUGUACAUCAGGGUGACGUAUGACUCCAAGCCAGACAACCUGCUGCACCUGAUGGUGAGGGAGUGGCAGCUGGAGCUGCCCACACUGCUCAUAUCCGUCCACGGUGGCCUGCAGAACUUCGACAUGCAGCCCAAGCUCAAGCAGGUGUUCGGGAAGGGCCUGAUCAAGGCCGCCGUCACCACAGGGGCCUGGAUCUUCACCGGGGGAGUCAGUAACGGGGUUGUCCGUCAUGUUGGAGAUGCCUUGAAAGACCACUCCUCUAAGUCCCGAGGGAAGGUCUGUGCCAUAGGAAUUGCACCAUGGGGAAUUGUGGAGAACAAAGAGGACCUCAUUGGUAGAGAUGUAACGAAGCCCUACCAGACCAUGUCCAACCCCCUGAGCAAGCUGUCAGUGCUCAACAGCAGUCACUCCCACUUCAUCCUGUCUGACAACGGAACCUGUGGGAAGUACGGCGCCGAGGUCAAACUGCGCCGACAGCUGGAGAAGCAUAUCUCCCUGCAGAAGAUCAACACCCGCCUGGGUCAGGGCGUCCCAGUGGUGUGUCUGAUAGUGGAGGGGGGCCCCAAUGUAAUCUCCAUCGUGCUGGAGAGCCUCCGGGAGCAGCCUCCCGUCCCGGUGGUGGUCUGCGAUGGGAGCGGCCGCGCCUCCGACAUCGUCUCCUUCGCACACAAAUACUCGGAGGAAGGCGGGCUGGUGACUGAAAGCGUGAAAGAUCAGCUCCUGGUCACCAUUCAGAAGACGUUCAACUACAGCCGCAACCAGGCCCAGCAGGUCUUCCUGAUGGUCAUGGAAUGCAUGAAGAAGAGAGAACUUAUAACAGUGUUUCGCAUGGGGUCCGAAGGACAGCAGGACAUUGAGAUGGCCAUACUGACAGCUCUGCUUAAAGGCACCAACGCCUCGGCGCCUGACCAGCUGAGCCUGGCGCUGGCCUGGAACAGGGUGGACAUCGCCCGCAGCCAGAUCUUUGUCUACGGGCUCCACUGGCCUCCCGCAGGCAGCCUGUCCUCUGCCAUUUCCACCAAGGAGAAGCCCAAAAGCCCAACCAAUGCCUCCCGGAACAAGGCCAAGACCCGGGGCAAGAAGGGGAGGGGAGCAAAAGCCAAGCCUGAGCCACCGGAAGAGACUGACCCCAGGAAGCUGGAGCUAAUGAACUGGGUGAACUCCUUGGAGCAGGCCAUGAUGGACGCGCUGGUGCUAGACAGGGUGGACUUCGUCAAGCUGCUGAUCGAAAACGGAGUGAAUAUCCACCACUUUCUCACCAUCCCCCGACUCGAGGAGCUGUACAACACGAGGCUGGGGCCGACUAACACCUUACAUUUCGUAGUCAGAGACGUCAAAAAGGGAAACCUCCCCCCCGAUUAUCAAAUCACCCUGAUCGACAUUGGGCUGGUGCUGGAGUUCCUUAUGGGCGGGGCUUAUCGCUGCAAAUACACAAGGAAGAGCUUCCGCGCACUCUACAAUUACCUGUAUGGCCUGAAACGGCCAAAGGCUCUCAAACUCUUGGGAAUGGAGGAUGAUGAGCCACGCCCGAAGGGCAAGAAGAAGAUGAAGAAGAAGAAGGAGGAGGAGAUCGACGUGGACGUGGACGACCCCGAGGUCAGCCGGUUCCAGUACCCUUUCCACGAGCUGAUGGUGUGGGCGGUGCUGAUGAAGCGCCAGAAGAUGGCGCUCUUCUUGUGGCAGAGGGGGGAGGAGGCCAUGGCCAAGGCCCUGGUGGCCUGCAAGCUGUACAAAGCCAUGGCUCACGAGUCCUCUGAGAGCGAGCUGGUGGACGACAUCUCCCAGGACCUGGACAACAACUCCAAGGAGUUUGGGCAGCUGGCUUAUGAGCUACUGGACCAGUCCUAUAAGCACGACGAGCAGGUGGCCAUGAAGCUGCUGACGUACGAGCUGACGAACUGGAGCAACUCCACCUGCCUAAAGCUCGCCGUAGCUGCCAAACACCGCGACUUCAUCGCCCACACCUGCAGCCAGAUGCUGCUCACCGACAUGUGGAUGGGCUGCCUGAGAGUGGGCAAGAGCCCGGGCUUCAAGGUGAUUCUUGGCAUCAUUUUCCCACCCUCGAUUCUGCUCUUGGAUUUCCGGAUCGGAGAGGACAUGUCAUACCAAGGUUCUGCUGAAAACGAAGCGGGAAAAGAAAAGGAGGACGACACCAAAUCCAGCAAGGAUGGUGCUGCUGACACCGUGUCCAGGAAAGGUGAUGAAGAGGAAGGUAGCAACAUUAGGAAAAUUCCCAUCGGGAUGAAGAUAUAUGAAUUCUAUAACGCGCCUUUCACCAAGUUCUGGUUCAACACUAUUUCAUACCUCAUGUACCUGAUGAUGUACAACUAUGUCAUUCUGGUCAAGUUGGAGCGCUGGCCCACCCUCCAAGAGUGGACAGUCAUCUCCUACAUCUUCACCCUGGGGCUGGAGAAAGUCAGACAGAUCCUGAUGUCGGAGCCAGGAAAGCUGAGGCAGAAGAUAAAUGUGUGGCUGCAGGAGUACUGGAACAUCACUGACCUGGUGGCCAUCUCCACCUUCAUGAUGGGCUUCCUGCUCCGCUUGCAGAGCGAGCCGUACAUGGGUUAUGGCCGUGUCAUCUACUGCGUCGACAUCAUCUUCUGGUACAUCCGCGUGCUCGAUAUCUUCGGAGUCAACAAGUACCUGGGCCCCUAUGUCAUGAUGAUUGGGAAAAUGAUGAUCGACAUGUUGUACUUUGUGGUGAUCAUGCUGGUGGUGCUGAUGAGCUUCGGCGUGGCCCGGCAAGCCAUUCUACACCCCGACGAAGAGCCAACAUGGCGCCUGGCACGGAACAUCUUCUACAUGCCCUACUGGAUGAUCUAUGGAGAGGUGUUUGCGGAUUCCAUAGACCGUAAGACUAGAAUUCAUAUCUACGCAAUGGAGAUCAACCCUCCUUGUGGGGACAAUUUGUAUGAUGAAGAUGGGAAGAAGCUGCCUCCCUGCAUUCCUGGGGCCUGGCUCACCCCUGCCAUCAUGGCCUGCUACUUACUGGUCGCAAACAUCCUUCUAGUAAAUUUACUCAUCGCCGUGUUCAACAACACCUUCUUCGAAGUCAAAUCCAUUUCCAACCAAGUGUGGAAAUUCCAGCGAUACCAGCUUAUCAUGACGUUCCACGACCGCCCGGUCCUCCCGCCACCGUUCAUCAUUUUCAGCCACAUGUACAUCCUUUUCAAACGCAUAUGGUGGCGCUGCAAAAAACGGGAUGGGGACCCAGACGAGCGUGAUCGCGGAUUGAAACUCAGAUUGACGGCAGAGGAGCUAAAGAGUUUGUAUGAGUUUGAAGAGCAGUGUUUGGAGGAAUAUUUUCGCGAAAAGGAAGAUGAGCAGCAGUCCUCCAAUGACGAACGUAUUCGGGUUACGUCUGAAAGGGUGGAGAAUAUGUCAAUGCGUCUGGAGGAGGUGAACGAGAGGGAGCACUCCAUGAAAGCAUCCCUGCAGACGGUGGACCUGAGGCUGAUGCAGCUGGAGGAGUUCUCCGGUCGAAUGAUGAAUGCUCUGGAGAAGCUUGCGGGGGUGGACCAGACGGACCUGUGCCGGACACGCUCUGGGGCGUCAUCUUGCGACCACGCCACCCUACAGCGGCACAGCAGCAUCAACAGCGCUGACGGUUACAGCCUCUACCGCUACCACCUGGACCUGGAUGACCGGGCGGGAGAAGACGAGGACAAGAAGAUCCAACUGACCUCGGAGCGAAAGAGCAGCUUCCGCCGCGCCCCCAGCGAGUACGGACAGACCUUGGACGUGGUUGCCCCUGGAGAAAGGAGAGUCCCCAGCUCUCCUUGUGUGGACAUCCUGAUCUCCCCGUGUGAUCAGGACACAGGCAAGAACGGGGACGACCCGAAUGCUCAGGCAUCAAAACCAGAAGAGGCUGCCUCGCCGAAGGGCCAAGAUGCACUUGACAUGGUGCUCGCAGUCAGAGGCGGGGCCUUGGAAAAAGCCAAGCUGCAGGCUGCCAUCUCGUACCCACUAGAGAAGUCAAAGGCUCUGAAGCACUACCCCUCUGAGGCUGCUGGCGCAGACCUGUCUUCGGCAGGCGUCGCGGCCAAGAGUGCCAUCGUCUUCACGCCGGCCGAGGGUACGGAUGAGGGCUGUUGGGCCAAAGACUACAGUGCCCUAAUGGAGCAUGCGGCCAAGUCUCCAGCUGUGGGCCAGUGGACAGCGUGUUUCGAAUAUAAAGUCCACCCCGCCCUCUUCGGCCACCAGCCAAAAGUGUCUGUGGUGAGGCCUCCGGAAGAGCCUCCCGCCACAACCAAGCCAGCAGAGCCGAACACAGAGGGCCAGGGGAACACGGAGGAAGGCACAGAGAAGAGAAGAGAAAGUGAAGACCAGGCCAAGGACAGGAAGAGCCAGCUAGAUCCAGAGCGGAAAGGUAGUACACGCCAGGGAAGAACAGACGGGGAAGUGAAAGUGAACAUCAGAGCAGAGCACCGGGGGAGAACAAUGAGUGAAGACAAAGGCAAAGAGCCGGUGACGUGGAGGAUAGACCCUGACCACCUGUUUGUGGCCGAGGACAGGAUUUACCCGUCUAUGAGGUCUAAAAGUUUGAAUGUCAACCCCCGCAAGCUCAAAGCACAGGGGGACAGCGUGGAGAAGCCUAAAGCCAGCAGCAGCGUGAGGGACAUCAUGGCGGCGUACGAGACCUCGGCAAAUCGGCUUAAGGUGGAGAAAAAGGCGAGUCCUGACAUGAGGACCACAGAUGAAACAGACUGCUGACAAAGGCCUCCAAACCCUUUAGGUGGCCGAGAGUGAAGCCAUGAGUCUCCACUGUACAUUGAAAGAGAAACUGAUAGUCAUUUUAUUUGCCCCUCCCAAAAUAUCAGUGGUGUUCCUAGUAAUUGGUGCCUCAAAGGUAGAGAGGACAUGAAAGUGUCUUUCAUAUAUGAUCAGUAGUUCAAAAUUCCAAAAUGAAAUUUGAUCCUCCCCCGUCCCCUCCAAGACAAGGAAGUGAAUGCUCUUUAAGCAACAAUUGUUUAACAUAAACUGAACAAGCAAAACUCAGGCAUUAAAAUGUGUAUUUGGGCUGAUGGGUGAAGUGGAGGGGGAGGGAAGUAUGGAAUACUGAAAACAUAAAAUUGUUGAAUCCAUCUAAUGUUUAAAAGACAAUCACAGUUUUUCAUAAUUAAUCCCAAAACGGAUUACUCAAAAUGCCCUGAUUGUGUGCAGAUCUCCAUUUUACUAUGUAUAAUAACUAUGUGUUAAACAACCAAAAACACUGAUUUGUUCAAUAUUAA